GCGUUUGUUGAGGAACUCUAUGAUUCAGUAAGGCUGGAGUCGCAUUGCAUGCCGGGUGUCGGGAGGUUUCGAAGUUUGCUUUCAUAAUCAAGAUGGCAGCGGUCGUGUUAUCCUUGAGGCAAACCGGUUCCGUGUUAAGGGCAGCGGGGGCAUUGCAGGUCUCCCGCGCGGCACAGACCGCAGCGGCAGCUUCUCCCGCUGCUGAAGCUGAGGCACGCAUCAAGAAAUUCGCCAUCUACCGGUGGGACCCUGACAAGCCUGGUGACAAACCCCGCAUGCAGACUUAUGAGAUUGACUUAAACAAGUGUGGUCCCAUGGUACUUGAUGCACUAAUAAAGAUCAAGAAUGAAAUGGACUCUACUCUCACCUUCCGCAGAUCCUGCAGAGAGGGUAUCUGUGGGUCCUGUGCUAUGAAUAUUAAUGGGGGAAACACCCUGGCCUGCACAGUGAAAAUAGACGGCAACCUCAGUAAAGUCUCUAAGAUCUACCCACUUCCUCAUAUGUAUGUUGUAAAGGACCUGGUGCCUGAUUUAAGUAACUUCUACGCCCAAUACAAAUCAAUCGAACCUUAUCUGAAGAAAAAGGAUGAAUCCAAUCAAGGCAAAGAACAGUAUUUACAGUCCAUAGAAGACAGAGAUAAGCUGGAUGGUCUGUAUGAAUGCAUCCUCUGCGCCUGUUGUAGCACCAGCUGCCCCAGUUACUGGUGGAAUGGGGACAAGUACCUGGGUCCUGCCGUACUCAUGCAGGCAUAUCGUUGGAUGAUUGACUCAAGAGAUGACUUCACAGAGGAACGUUUAGCCAAACUGCAGGAUCCCUUUUCUCUCUACCGGUGCCACACCAUCAUGAACUGCACAAAGGCAUGUCCCAAGGGUUUAAAUCCUGGAAAGGCCAUUGCCGAAAUCAAGAAAAUGAUGGCAACUUACAAAGAGAAAGCGGCCACUGCGUAAAGCUGGAAAUGCACUCUGCACAGUGUGAUUUCAUGUGCAAUAUGUCCCGUCGCCCGGGCAACGGAGAAUGCUUGCAUCUCUCAUUUGUAUACUAAUCGGUUUCUGCCAUAUGUACUUGCAGUGCACUACUGUUUUAGCUGAAGGGUAAUAUUUGUUAAAAUAUGUAAAAAGGCAAAUAAAUAUUACUUACUAUAAUUUAA